CCUAUCGAUGGUGUUUUUGAACCGUACCGUAGAUAUUAAUAAACGAAGUGUGCAGUAGCCUAUUACUAUACUGUAUUAAAUUAGGACUAAACUAUUUUUUCGUCUGGGAAAUAAUCAAAUAAAAAUCCACUUUUAAUAAUAAAAAAACAAAGAAAACAAGAAAAACUAAAUUAAAAUCCAUUAGCACUGGUUUACUUCAAAUAACAAAGCUAUAGUCUCAUAGUCUAUUUCUGUCUCUUUUUCUCCGCAGUUUGGAAGUCGACUAAAGACUUGCUUGCAUCUGGAUUGAAUGCGGAGCAAGUUCAGCACACAAAAGUGUUUAUAAUAAAGUCUGUGGAAAUCAUUUAAAUCCCUGCUGUGUGCUCCGUCUAUCAAUCACUUUGUUGAUGUCAAGCAAUAUGAUCAGCGGUGUGUAUGGCGUGACGAUGCAGUGGAGCCCUGAACAUUCACAGUGGGCGGAGCAACACUAUGACAUCACCUCCACUACUCGCUCUCCAGGGCGUAAGAUUGAAGUACUUCGAGAUCCGAGGUUAACAAGUUCGUCUUCCGCUGCAGCAUACCAGCAUUCUUGGGUGAACGAUGACAUUUCGGCUCUGACUGCCUCUAACCUCCUCAAGAGAUAUGCAGAGAGAUAUUCUGCCAUUCUGGAUCUACCUUGUGAAAGCGGACUUAUGGGAUAUCCUGACGCGGCUAUUUCCGUUAGCGUCAGUGCACCAGGUGUUGUGAAUAACGGCCCUCCUCUUCUUAACGGACGAAAGAUAGAGACGGAGCCUUGGCUGGAGAGUAUGUAUACCCCGUUGGGUUGCGUUCCCGAACUUCUUCCUAAAGCGCCGCUAAGUGUGUCCGAUGUGUCUGUGAGUGUGUGUAACUCGCCUGUUAUAGGCAACGGGAGCCUGUCGGAAUCUUUUUCCAGCAGUAAUUGCACCGGUCAGCCUGGAAAUCAAGAAUACAGCAGCGCCCCAUACAGCACUACCUACCUGCAACCUGUAGGUACAUACGGUGGCUCUCUUUUCCACCCUACCCCUUCCCAUGCCAGUCUGGUGCCAGGCUACAGUGCUAACCCUUCGCCUAACCUAGCCACGUACAGUUACCCAAACACUCGCUACCCUUCCCAGGGUGUCCUUCCUCCUGGCUACAGCCCUCCCCCUGCUCCUUCAGGGUACCUGCCCCCAGGUAUAUCUCCUUCUAAUCCCUUGCCAGCUGUAGGAUACUCAUACCCAACCACCAAUCUUGGAGUGAAUGUCUCUGAAGGUGAUUCCCCAAGAACCAGCCUCACCAAGACGUAUUACCCAUCAACCCAGGGUGAGAUUAGCGUCUUUGAGGAAUUUAGUUUUCCCGGUAACUCCAAUUCUGACUCUAGGUCUGAAGGCAGUCCCCUCUACAGGCCCUCGGGGGACAACACAGUGGACAAGCAAACUGGGUUCAGUCAAUCGGCAGAUGUCACAACCUCAUCGUUCAAGCGGCCCAAUCAUGAAGACUCUCUCAGAAGCCUGGAGUCUCUUACCGUAGCCAUGAUUGGACAGAACAACGGAACCUCAGCAUCUGCUGUUUCUUCUCACCAACACCUCUGCCUCGACACGAACACACCAUGCUGAGCGCUUAUGCUCACGUUCUAACUGCGGUGCUUGAGCUGAUCGUGUGUGAGAGCUCCCCUAGUGGACUGGUGAUAAAAGGGAGGGACUUGCUUAAAGCCAUAGUGUAGGGGCUCAAUCAGGGGGCUUCGAAGCACAACGGCAUCAGUAAAAAUCUGUCCAAGAGGUUGUUCUGAUUGUUGAACAGAUGUUUAAAGGGAUAUGAGCCUGGUUUCACCUUUAUCCUACCUGGAAGAGGACAAUAAUGUUUAAGCCCCCUCUAAGAUAAGCCUAACAAGAUACUGACCUCCUCAUUUAGAUGAAAACCGAAAAGACACAUCGGUAUAUCUUACACGACGGACACAUAUAUCUGAGUUCGAGCGAUGGUGAGAGUUUACUCCUUCGAUUUGACACAUCCACGUUCUGGGGAGCACAGCAAAGAAAUGAAUAUGUCUAAUGGAUGUGUUAUGGGUGCCAUGGAGAUAAGAAGUCACAGUAACAGAUGCGGUAGUUGGACUCUAGCUUGGUUGACCAUAUUGCCAUGGUGUACAUCCUGUGUGUGUGUGUGGCCUUGUAAUGGUUAUUUAUGUGGUGAGCUUUAAUUGUAACUCCAGUUCCUUUAUUUUCACUGGAGAACUGACAGAUCCUGGCCAUUAAUAGAUUCUACGUCUGUGUGCGUGUGAGAGUGAUAAAACCUCAGGAAAGUGUCUGAUAUAAAUGAUUUGUGUGUGUGAGAGAGACAGAGACAGAGAGAAAGAGAGUAUCUCCACAUACCACAAAUCCCAAUUCAGUCCACUUCAGUAAACUAGGUGGUCAAAAGCAAACCGUUUUUGCUUAUUGAUUUGUUUGUAUGCACUUUCAUAAGUCCAUUUACACUAAUGUUUAAACUUUGCGGCACUUUCAGCAUUGCUUUUUGCUCUGUAAGUGUGAGCGGCCCAACACAGAAACACCUUAGGAGGUGGAUGGAGAAUUUAAAUUGACAUGAAUAAAAACACAGCCUCCUUUUCAUUUGCAUCAUAUAUUGGUUAACCAAUAAGUGUGAGUUUGGGAUGGGUUUGUGAAUCCUUUUUAAAAACAAUUAUUUUUGAAGUUUUGUGUGAUGCAGAAAUGAACCACAUGAAAAAAUACUCUAGUAUCCUUAAUAUGUACUAUAGUAAUCUGUAGUAAAUUGUAGUGUGCUUUAGUAUAUUAUAGUAAUAACUACACUUUGUUAAAGGUGCCAUAGAAUGUAAAACUGUAUUUACCUAGGCAUAGAUGAAUAAUAAGAGUUCUGUAUAAGGUAAAGACAUAUCCUGCGCCUCAAACCUCCUACAUGCAAAAGACAACUGGAAAACAGGCCAAUCUCAACAUAACACCAACUGUGAUGUUACAGUCGAGAUGUACGCCCCAACAUUAAAUUACACAUUAAAUUAAGUACAAUAUUGUUACAAUGCUAAAAAUCAAGUUUUGAGUUAACGCUUUAUGCUAGUUAAUGCUAUAUGCUAGCAUUUAGGCUGAAGUUCUACUACACUGAAUUGUGAAAAAUUACUCAAUUUUUUUAAGGUAAGUUGUUGCAAUCAAUUUAUUUAAGCUACA